AUGGAGAAGGGUCAGAAUGCCACACUAAAGCCUUCAGAAACUACCCCAGUUAAAGUUCGGAGAACAAUCACUGAUGAUGGUGACUUGGUUGUCUGCUGCCAUGGUGACUGUCACCUGAUCUCACUCCCCGUAGAUAUGGAAAAGGCAGAGGAGGGGGCUUUUGAUCCAGUUGGGCAAUCAAAAUUUAGCCUACAAAACAACCAGUAUUACAGAGUCCGUCCAAAUUUGGCCCCAUACUAUGAGCCUCUGAAGCCCACCUUACUGCAAAAGCUCCUGAUUCGGAACAAAAAAAUCACCAGCUUCAUGUGCAAACUAACAGAGUUUGAUCAGGAUAUGACAUCACUGAUUAUGACCAACAACCCACUUCCCAGCAUCAGUCAGGAUAGUGGUCAAAAAUACUUCUCCAAGAUGAUACUCCAGGAAAUUUGCUAUCAGCCUAAACCCACUGAGAAGGUCAGCCUACCCCAGAUGCCUCAGAAAAAGAAAACAACCUUCCCUAUGAAAAGGAUGGACGAUCCCACAUUCAAGCAAAAACAGUGGUUUAGGUUUUCUACUGACAAGGACUUUGAGAGUGAAGGGAAAUACUCAAAAGUCUAUACUUUGAGGAAACAGAAAAAAAUGUAUCCUCAACUCAUCUUUGCUCCAGGCUAUGGAGAAGAUAAAAAGAAAGGAGUUUCCGAGCAGCCAGUGAGCCAAGAACCACGUUCCGAGGAGCUCUGGGAGCCACUCACAUUCUCGACCCUCGUGGAACAGAAGCCCACCAGGAACGCGCCAGGGGAAAGCACCUUCCGCUACGGAAGGGCCAAGCAGUGGAUCAUCAAAAAGGCCACUACCACUCGGCGGUAA